AUGCGCAAGCAAAAACAAAAUCUUAAUCCGAUACCACCCUGCAUCAAAAGCAAAUUUGCACUAAUUGCUCGACAUAAGGGGAAGGCAGGUGGUGCCGUCGAGGAUUUAGGCGUGGAUGGUGAUUCAGUUGAGGAUCCAAUUCGCGAAGAUCUGCUACGACGCCGUCGACUGACCCUGGCGCCUCGGCCUAUCUCCGUUCUGGCAAGAUCGAGACUGGUGGGUUCCGCUGAUGAAGCUUCUGUACAUCCAUCGGACAACCAGCUAGAGGAUGAAGAGGCGCCUGCGACGUCGGCGGAGUACGGUGAGUUUUUCCAUUCAGCUAUUUUGGCAGGUUUUAACCCCGACGAGGCAACUGGUUAUGCUCUCGAAAAAUGUUCCGGCGAAUUCAAUGUCAACAAGAACAAGUUCUCUGCACAACCAGAGGAAACUUUGUGUGAAGAUUUUUGGAAUCAAAUCGGCUUCCCAAAGGGAUCUCGAUGGCUGAUACUGUGGAUCGGGAAAAUACUCGAUCAUUCGCAAAUCACCCUGCUCGUACAAAAAUUUCCUCUCCGGCGACCUAGGAUGGUUCGUCCAUGGAGGGGACCCUUGCCCAAACCUCGUUCGUCAGCUCCAGUGACGCUGGCCACAUUCAUGCCGCCUGAAUUGGUAACUAAUCCCGAUCGGGUUGCCGUGGAUACCGCGUCUUGCAUGGCAGUAAAUUCAAUUGCAAAACAGAGUCAAGAUCUACGAGUCCUAGUUGAGCGGGAAAAAUCCUUUGGUCGGUCCAGAGGUGAUCUGACCCCCACGCCGGUUCGAUUGGCCUCAGAGAGGUCGUGGGCUCGUGGCACUGGACUGGGCGUUGGUCAUGGAUAUGUUAGCCGUCAUCUAGGAAGACAUAAUGCAGCAGGGAGUGGAGAUGGUCGUGGAGCCCAAUCGGACCAUGACUGGAAUCAACGUGGCCACCAGCAACACUUUCAGCAAGCAGAAUACCGGCCUCGUGGGCGAACUGAAGCGUCUUCUGCUACUGUGGAGGCAAUAAAGCAGCAAGACAAGCCGGAGGCAUCAGGUUCGCAUCCACAGCCUUUGGCCUCCACUGAUCUUGCAAAGCCGAAAAAGGUCAAACCACCUCGUUGUUUUAGGUGUAAGUGUAAUGGGCAUUUAGCAGAUUGUUGCAAGGCGGAUCUAGAUUGUUUUAUUUGUAAUAAGAAGAAUGCCCACAUUUCAGCAAAGUGCCCUCUGGUUGAGCUUCCAAAACCAACAGCGUCCAUGCUAGGUUUUGCUAAGAAUGAGCUGGGUUUUUUCCACAUACCAGAUUUUGAGUACAAAUUGGAUACCCCGAAACCUUCUCCUACUGCUUUGAUAAAGGUUACCGGGGGGAAAAUUGAUGCAGCCACGGUUCAGACAGAGCUUGCAAAAUUCAUCACAGCAGACUGGAACUGGGAAGCGCUUCCUCAUGGGGAUGACUCUUUCCUGGUGGAAUUCCCAUCUGAGGAUGAACUCAAACGAAGAGUCGAUAUUGAUUUUUGUUUGAAGAAUCAUGGGGUCACAUUGACAAUCUCAGAGUGGCAGGAUGCUAGUGACUCUAUUCCGGCUUAUCAUCUUGAUGAAGUUUGGGUUCAUGUCAGUAAAGUCCCUCAUCCUUGGCGCCAUUACCCUGGCUUUUGGGCACUCGGUACAGUCAUUGGUGCUACUCUAGAGGUUGAUAUGCUCACUCAUAGGAAAAAAGGUGUGAUCUGGAUUCGGGUGGGGACGAUGAGCAGAGAGUAUUUACCCUUUACCACCGAUGUGGUUUUUGGAAAAGUAGGACAUGAAGUAACUUUCAGUUUGGAGGAGGCAAAUUUUGAGCCAGCAAUUCCUCCACCGAAUCCAGAUUACUCUGAUCGGGAUGAGGAUGCGGCUGGAAAAGAUGAUGCAAAUCAUGGGCGUGAUGGUGGACAGGCCCAGAAAAAGCAGAAAACUAUAGAGAACAUGUCAUCUUCAUCUAAUGCCCCUACUGGAGGUGGACCUGUGCCAAUGCAAUUGGCAACUGCGAUGUCACUGCUUGAGAAAAAAGGACUAGGGAAACUGAGCCAGUUACUAAGCCUAGAUGACAUAGCUAAGCUACCGACUGUGUAUGUUACCUCUUCGGCCAAGAAUGUCAAAGGCAAUGCAUGUUCAGGAAAGAGUCUUCAUCCACCAGAGAAAGCUACUAGUGGUGAACGUACUAGUACUGAACCCAGUUUGGAAGCUACAAAACGAUCAUUAUUGGCUGGGACACAUACUUUGCCUUCUGAUCAGUCACGCUCGCCCAGGCUCAGCAAAAAGGUGACACCUACUCAGCCCAUGCCAACCUCGCCUAGGCCAAAGGUUGGGACAAACAGCAGGUCGACAUCACCUAUUCCCAUGCUGUGUGAAAUUGAUAGCAGUGUUAGACCGGAGAUACCUCAUAGUAGCAGUUCUGCUCCGACCAUCAGGCAGACAGUUAAGCCUGCAGAAUCAGGCGAUCUGUUGAUGUCAAGUGACGACGAGGCCGUCGUAGAUGACGACCUGGUCGCUCAUUUGAUCAAGGAUGUGUCGGAGGUGGAUUUUGAGGUCAUGGACCUGGACAUAAAAUUAUGUGAUCUGAAGGCCACUGUUCGAAAAUCAAAAUCUACCUCGAGAAAAUGGAAACAAGACAUGUCAAAGACGAAUUUGGCACGACUCUCGGGAGGUGCGGAUUUCGUUUGGCAUUGUCUUCCACCUCGUGGUAGAUCUGGUGGAAUCCUUCUUGGAGUCAACACAGAAAUGCUACACCUUUCCUUGAUUGUAGAAGGGGAAUUCUAUAUUAAAUUCCAUUUAUGCAACAAGGCAAAUAAUUUCAAAUGGAUCCUUAUGACGGUCUAUGGUCCAGCCCAGGACGAUUUUAAAUCGGCCUUUUUAGCUGAACUAGUUAGAGCAUGCCAACAAAAUCCUUUACCCACAUUAAUUGGUGGAGAUUUUAAUAUUUUGAGAUCUAGCAAAGAUAAAAAUUAUGACAGAUACGUUGACCGUUGGCCUUUCCUGUUCAAUGCUGUUAUUGAUAGUUUUAAUCUUCGGGAAAUUGAUUUAACGGGACGGCAAUUUACUUGGGCCAAUUCACUACCUAAACCCACAUACGAGAGAUUGGAUAGGGCUCUUAUGUCGACUGAAUGGGAUUUUAAGUAUCAUUUAGUCUCGCUACAGGCCUUGGAUAAGGGGGGUGUUGGACCACACACCCCUACUAUUAGAUACGGGGACACCGGCCUUUAA